CUUGCACGGCGCGCACAUGCGCCCGUUUUGAGUGUGUGCCGCUGAAGUUGUCAGUUCGUCCCGAGUUACCAAGCCUGCAACAUGCCGUCACAAUCUCCUCUGUUGGCCCAAGAACAAGCCUUGGAAAGUUACGGUGUGGGCAGCAUAAAAAAAAUUUUUGGUCGUCAACGAGAACCUUACGGCUUCCUGACUAUUCAUCACCCCGAGGAACUGAGAGGCGAUGAAGCGGUGUUCUAUCUCAAAGACGUUCUGGUGGCCAACGAAGAGGAACGACGGCUCUUGCAAGGCGGAAUGAUGGUGCGGUUUACUUUCAUCAGAAAACCUGUGGACAGAAUGAAAGCCCCCUGCCCUUUCAAGGCUAUACAGGUUCGGCCUCAAGACCCCAUGAAAUACUCCGGAACAGUGGCGAAAUCAUCGGGAGGCACCCUGGUCGUUUUCCUUGAGAUCCUCUUCCGUCAGGUGCGGGUGCAGCAAAUGAACCAUACGGUCGACCCUGGAGACCGGUGCACCGUGUCUAUCACGUGGAAGGAGAUGGUAAGAGCCAUCAAGGAAGACCGGACUCCCGUCGGAAACCUGGUAGCUAUCGAACGGAGAUACAACUCGUUCUUCAGCAGUCCCAACGAUAGCUACUCGGAAGACUGCUGCAAAAGAUGCCAGAAUGACUACUGGCCGAAUCGAAACAAUUGCGAGAGGAAAAGUCUGAUGACCAACAAAUUGGCACUGUUGCCGUUCAACUCUGAUUGUGCUUCAAUCUGGAGCGAUGUGCAGCCCCAGAAGUCCACCACCUCAACGGAAGAUUACUGGGACGCAGACUGGUACUUGAGGACAAUUCGGAUGGCUGAAAUGGUCCUGUCCAAUGGAAGUUCGAUGUACAAGCAUAACUAAUCCGCGACAGGUAUGCCCGCGAGCGAGAGUGUUGACGGUCCGACAUUCAUCGAUAGAACCGUCGCCAUUCUCUCGUGGUCCUAGCUCGGACAGCGAAUCCGAAUUUUACAGCCCCAUUUAGUAUGCAGGUCGUUUACGAACAUUGUGAACCCGUUCGUAUCCGACCCGAAGAUUGACUUACUCUUAAUGUAAAGCCGCUCGACGGGAGUCCAAUGCCGCCAAAUUCAGCGGCAUCGACAACUCUCAGCGAGCGAAUUAUAUUCAAUCAAUGAUUCAAUUGAGCCCCCUUCGAUUCCGGGACAACAGGAAACAAUCUUGAGCACAAGACUAAACUCGUUGCGUCCUGCGUACGGAACAUCUUGAUGAUGAGAUAUACUAAUACUUCACUUUUGAUGACUCCACGUUGGUUGUUCCUCGCGCCCGGCGAGCGAUUAGGAAACCGUUUGAACACGGUACCCAAACUCUUGUUCUCGCCCGGUUCCCUACAUUAGGAUCACAAACGAAUAUUAUCUCGUGAUCGGACGCAACGAGUUUCCUCGAGGGAGUUCACGCGAGCUGCUAAACGCUCUGAUUUCGAGAAACGAAUAGUAAUAAUAUCGGAAGGAUGGCAUUGCCUUUCACUACCUGGUGCGCGGCUACCAUGGAACGGAGAAUAUCUCACAGCUCGAGAGACUGCUCGUACAUGCGACGGAGAUAUCGGGAGAAUCAUAAAAUUAAUUUACUCUACAGAAGGAAAUAAUAUUGUGAAUGGAGCGGACGAAGGAGAGAGUCCGAGGAAUAUUUGAGUUCGAGAAAGGUUCUUCCGGAAAAAUCCAGGACUUGGAGAAAUUCUGCGAACCGCUCGGAAGCUGCCGGUAUGAUAGGGCAUGAUAGGUGACUCGACGUUGAAAACCGCGAUUAAGAGCAUCUUGCAGAGAGUAGGUCAUCGUUCGCAAGCGCUUAAAUCCCUGCUGCGAAGGAGAAGUCCGCAGUCGUAGAGACCUGCCGAACCUCAUUUACGGGAAAGUAGGCGAGGAAUGAGCUCCAACAGAUUGUGGCGAGCAAGUUCCCGUCGCGGCUUAGGAACUGAGCGGGGAUUUCUGCCUCAGGGGACUCAAAUCCCACCGAUCCGACCUCCAAGAUGUAGAGCACAUGAUCCUUCUCUAAUCGUAUUAUUAAUCCUCGUCGAAUCACGUUCGUGAUGGUAGCGCACGAUCUGUUGUACGGAUCUACUACGGGGCAAUAAAGCACAUUCUCUAUCGA